CUCCCCAUUAGCAGCAACAUAUUUUAUGAAGAUUCUAGAUGUUGCAGUUAAAUCAUUCGUAAAAUGUUUCAGAAUUUUGCUGUAUGCAGAGCAAGCCUUAAUGGUAUUACAAGAUCAGCCAGAUCUAAAAAGAAACUUCUCAGAGAUGGUUCAAUAAUAUAUACUUAUAAUGUUUUGGUACAUUCACAAUUACCACAAAUUACAAAUAUGCAAAGUUUAUCUGUCAGAUUUUAUACAAAUCCAGCGAGAAGACCUAGUUUCUUUACGCAAUUUCUUGAGAAUAUCAAGCAGGAAAUGCAAAAAAAUAAGGAAAUGAAAGAAUCUUUGAAAAAGUUUAGAGAGGAGGCAGAUAAACUUGAACAAUCAGAAGCAUUGCGUUCUGCACGACAAAAAUUUCAAGCAGUUGAAGCUGAAGCCACAAAAGGAUCUGAAGCUAUAAAAGAAAAAUUAGGCUCUUUAAAAGGAAAGGUACAAGAAGUUCUUGAAGAAGCAAGUAAAACAGAGUUAGGUAAAAAAGCUGGACAGUUAGGUGAAGAAAUAACAAAAUCUGCAAAAGAAGCAGCAGAAACAAUAUCUGAAAAAAGUCAGGCUUUAGGUAAAACAAGUGCAUUUCAAACAAUAUCACAAACAGCAGAAGCUGUGCGUGAGGAACUGGAUCAUCAAGGAAUGUAUGGAAGAGUUUAUGUCCCACCUAAAAAGUUAAGGAAAAGGAAAGAUGUAAUAGAGACUGUAGAUGAUAAGGUUGUUCAACCAAAUAAAGAGGCUACAGGUGUUGAAUUGCAUAAAGAUUCUAAAUUUUAUCAAUCAUGGCAGAAUUUUAAGGAUAAAAAUCCAUAUGUGAAUAAAGUUUUGGAUUGGAAGAUUAAAUAUGAAGAAUCCGAUAAUCCUGUAAUUCGUGCUUCCAGACUAUUAACAGAGAAAGUUACAGAUAUAGUGGGUGGACUGUUUCAAAAAACAGAUCUGUCAGAAACACUAACAGAAAUUUGUAAGCUAGAUCCUAGCUUUGAUAGGGUACAGUUUUUAAAGUAUUGCGAAACAGAUAUUAUUCCAAAUAUUCUGGAAGCUAUGGUGAGAGGAAAUCUUGAAAUUUUAGAAGACUGGUGUCACGAAGCUCCAUAUAAAUUAAUAGCACAGCCAAUAAUGCAAGCAGAAAAGCUGGGAUAUCAAUUAGAUAAUAAGAUUCUAGAUAUCAACAAUGUAGAUUUGAUAAUGGGCAAAGUAAUGGAACAGGGACCAGUUUUAAUAAUUAGCUUUCAAUGCCAACAAAUUAUGUGUGUGAAAGAUGUUAAAAGUAAGGUUGUUGAAGGAGAUCCCGACAAAGUAAUGCGCGUUAAUUAUAUCUGGGUAUUGUGCCGUGAUCCUACAGAACUUAAUCCAAAAGCUGCAUGGCGUUUACUUGAUAUUAGUGCUACCAGUACAGAGCAAUUUGUAUAGUGUACAGCUUAGGUAUGAAUUUAGUUAAAGCUUUAAAAAAAUUAAUGUGAAUAUGUGACUGGAGAAUAAGUGAGAACUAACUCACGCGUGUUCUUCUUAUGGCUUCCAAUGUCAUUGAUAUUGAAAGAACUAAUCCUGAUUAGGAUUUGCAACGUGUACAUUAAUCU